ACCGGACUGGCGGGAGCAGUUUAUUCGCUAUCCCUGCGAUUUGUGCUGAUAGAUGCGGAAGGGAGAUGCUGAAAGCUGCCAGUUGGAAGUCGAAGGUCCCUCGCACGGCUCCCUCCGGCCGCAGUCGCAGCCUGAGUUAUGUGGGGACACUGUGGCAGGAGAAGCGCUGGAUCUUAUUCAAACCGCAGUACACGCUGCCGGUGGCCGCCUGCCUCUGGCUGGCUGAGAUCUGUGUUAACCUCUGGGUCAUUCGGAAGGUGCCUUACACAGAAAUAGACUGGAGAGCCUAUAUGGAUGAGGUAGAAGGUGUGAUUAAUGGGACAUAUGAUUACACCCAGCUGAAAGGGGACACAGGACCUCUCGUUUAUCCAGCUGGGUUUGUUUAUAUCUUUAUGAUGCUGUACUACAUCACAGAUCAUGGAGUGAACAUCCACCUCGGACAGUACAUGUUUGCCAUCUUCUACCUCAUUACCCUGCUGCUGGUCUUCAGGAUUUACAAUCAUACAAAAAAGGUUCCACCAUUCGUGUUUUUCUUCAUGUGCUGUGCCUCCUAUCGAAUCCACUCUAUCUUCAUUCUUCGUCUCUUUAAUGACCCUAUUGCCAUGAUGAUCCUAUAUGUGGCUGUGAAUCUCUUUUUGAGCAAUCACUGGUCACUAGGCUGCUGCUUCUUUAGUUUAGCUGUUUCGGUAAAGAUGAACAUUUUACUCUUCGCUCCAGGACUACUGUUCCUUCUAAUCUCUGAGUUUGGAUUGGUGCGGACUAUCCCAAAGCUUGGCAUCUGUGCUAUGUUACAGGUAGUUUUGGGUUUGCCUUUCCUGAUAGAAAAUCCAGUUGGGUAUAUAGCAAGAGCCUUCGACCUUGGCCGCCAGUUUCUCUUCAAGUGGACAGUGAACUGGCGUUUCCUGCCUGAAGAAAUCUUCCUGAAUCGUUAUUUCCACCUUACACUGCUGGUGGCACACCUGAGCAUCUUGAUUCUCUUUGCUUUCUACAGAUGGAACAAGUCUGAGGAGCGAAUGUUUUCACUUCUGAAGGCCCCAGAAGAGAGAAAAACGCAACACCAAACUGUGAUGGCAGAUCAGAUUGUAUUUGUUCUCUUUACCUCAAAUUUCAUCGGAAUCUGUUUCAGUCGAUCAUUACACUAUCAGUUCUAUGUGUGGUACUUUCAUACACUGCCAUACCUCUUAUGGAGCGCGCAUGUGAAGAAACUUGCUCAUCUUCUCAAAGUACUUAUUCUAGGAUUAAUCGAGCUGUCCUGGAAUACCUAUCCCUCAACUGUGUACAGCUCGAUUUCGCUCCAUGUCUGCCACAUGAUUAUUCUACUAUCUCUUUGGUAUGGUCAUGCUGAGCCUGAGAAGAGUGCACCAACCGAUGACCCCAAUGUAUUAAAAAAGAAAAAUUGAUUUUUUGGACUUGAAGAUUCCCUGAGUCACUGCUGAUUUCAGAAUUUAAUACAGCUAGGGGAGAAAUUAAGAAAAUGAAACUCUUAUUCGGGAUGGCCAGGUGACUAUUAGUCUGAAGUAUGUUAAGAUUUGUGAUCCCAUGGCCAUUAUAGACACCAAGCCAAUUUAAAUGAGUUGGAUACCUGCAGCUUUGGUUUUCUCUGGAUGUCAUUUUGCACUUGCCUGCUUCCCCCUUAUGUCUAUUUUCUCCCUUACUAUCUUUUAGGUUUUGGUUUACAAUGAAUUAUUUUUGCUGAGAAGUAUGCAGAGCUAUUAUCCUAUGAGAAUGGAAAUGGAGAAAAACAUCAAUGCUGUACUUGUCUAUAUUGGCUAAUGGUAAUUUUGGAGUUAUUUGUCUUCACCAUGUGGCUUCUCAGCAUCAUAUAUUUUUACUUCUCUUUCAUUUUCACUUCCUCAGCAACCAUCUUUUUUAGGCAAAACAGGGAGUUCUUUAAAAGGUUUCGGAUGUAAAAUAAGUGACAGCCGCAAUUUCAAGAUUUCAGUUUUUAAAGAUCAACAUUUAACUGUAGAUUAUUCUUGGUGAAUAAUUUUUUUAAAUUUUGUGUCUAUGUUUAUAGAAUGCAUUAGAAUUGGUCUCUAAUUAAAUGAUGGAAUGAAUAGUAGUUUAUUAGAAGUCAAAUUGCAUCAGUUGGAGUGGCUGUACCAGGAUAAAGGCAGCAAACAAACUGACUUCCAUAAAGAUUUCCAUGUUUCUAUAAUAUUUCCAUAUGUUGUCCACGUUGAGCUAAAGGCUCAGGGUUAGCAGUCUGAUACAUGUGAGCUAUAAACUAGAAGAGUUACAUCAUUUUUAUAGGUUAGUAAUUGACAAUUGAGAGUAGGUCAAAUGUGCUAGUAUUCAUUUUUCAAGCAUAGGCUGUAAGAAUAACACCUAUAGAAAAGGCAAAAAUUCCCACAGAAAUAAUGUAUAGUUUCCAUAUGAUGAUGUUGACUUUUUUUUUACAAUGUAUGCUCAGGACUGGCUGAAUAAAUGACAAUUUAUUUUUUA